CAUCCUGCGUAGUGCGUACCAAACCGGACAUAGGAACGUCAUCGUCUUCCAAAUGUCCACAUGCGACCUCUAAUGGUCCGCGCAGAAGGUACAAACUGCUGAUAUAGCGAUCUCUCUCUACCACUCUUCUCCAACUGAAAAAAUUCCGCAUUCUUCAAAUCCCUGUCUCAUUAGCUCUUCAUUGAAGGAUUCUUUCGCACAUCUUAAACAGAAAUGUAGAUUGCAGAAGAUAAGGUCAAAAGGAUGUGAAGAGCAGAAAAGGAGUUACGAGUAGCCUGAUCUCCAAUUUAUACCUUGUUUCGGCAUAUUGAAAUUUCGGUGCGGUAAAGGUACAAUAUCGGUAAAUUAUCACGGUUUUGUUGGUAUAAUAGGAAAGGUAAGAUUGCUGGUUCGUGAUGGCUACUUUGGGAAAUCCAGCAAACAUAUUCUGGCAUCAGUGUGCAGUUGGGAAGACAGAAAGGGAGAAAUUACUCAAUCAACAGGGAUGCAUUGUAUGGAUCACAGGCCUUAGUGGUUCAGGAAAAAGCACACUUGCAUGCUCUCUUGGCAGAGAAUUACACUCAAGGGGCAAGCUUUCUUACGUUUUGGAUGGUGACAAUCUUAGACAUGGUCUCAAUAAGAAUCUUGGUUUCUCGCCAGAAGACAGAACUGAAAAUAUCCGCAGGGUUGGGGAAGUGGCGAAGCUAUUCGCGGACGCUGGUUUGAUUUGCAUUGCCAGUUUAAUAUCUCCUUACAGAAAGGAUCGUGAUGCUUGCCGCACCAUGUUGCCAAAUUCAUUUAUUGAGGUUUUUAUGAAUAUGCCACUAGAAGUAUGUGAAAGAAGAGACCCAAAGGGCCUCUACAAGCUUGCUCGAGCUGGAAAAAUCAAAGGUUUUACUGGAAUAGAUGAUCCUUAUGAGGCACCUUCAAACUGUGAGAUUGAGCUGGGUCAAAAAGACGGAGCAUGCCCUACACCAAAUGAUAUGGCUGCUGAAGUUGCCACUUAUUUGGAGGGCAGAGGUUUUCUGCAGACUAUAUGAUCACAACAGAUUGUGGAAAAGGAACUUGCUUCUGCUCCAAGAACAUCAGGGAAGUUGUGUAUUUACAAAUGCAAUUAUUCUCUGUUAGCAGGGGUGAAACCUGGGCUAUUGCUUAUAGCCUUCCUGCUUGUCAUACUUUAUAGUUGACAUCUUUAUAGGAAUUGGGAAUUAUAUAAGAGCAACAAUUUAGUAUUAUCCUCAAUUUACACUAUUAACAUGUUCUACUUUGACUACGAGUACAUGUUAUUUAUUAAUUUGUGAGAAUUGUUUUUUAAGACUAUUCAAUUCGUCUCAUUACAAAA